AAACAAAACGAUAAAACUAUGAAUAAUUCAACAGAAGAUGUAAUUUGUUAUUACGACAACUCUUUAGCAAAGUAUGUGAUAAUCAAUAAGAAAACCGGUUUUUCCUCUUAUCUCACAAAAGACAGAUCUGAAAGACAAAUGCAAAUCAAAAGACAUAAGACUGACAAUCGGAUUGGACUACAAAUACAUGAAAAAGACACGACUGAUCCCAAAGAGGACAACAACUCARUGGAUAUCCAAAGGUUAUUGAAUACUAAUCACGCAUUCAAUGGAUGUCCACACGUGAAGACCAAAUGGCAAUUAAAUGAUUGUAAUAAUAAUGAUAGCACUGAUAGACACACAAAGACAUUGUUUAAAACAGAGUGGUCUUUAAGAGCUGAUAUGAGAGUCAAUGAAUCCAUAAAAUUAGACAAUUAUUUGGUGACUAAAGGCAUGCUUCGAGUGAUCGGACAAAUGGACAAAAAGUUUAUCAUAUGUCUGGACACCAAUCGGAACCUAUUGUUGGCCUUUGAUCAGCACGCAGUCCAYGAAAGGAUCAGAUAUGAAGUAAUACUUAAUAACUUGUAUGACAUCCAUAAAAAUGUUAAAUCAUAUCCUUUAUUGCCGCCAAUUAUUAUCACAAUACAAGAUAUUGAUGACCAAAAUGUCUUCAAUGACUUGCAAAACAAUUUUGAAUUUUAUCGCAAACAAAUCAAACGAAAGACAGGAUUUGAAGUGACAAAGAAGUCACCAUUGAUUGUAAAUGCAUAUCAAUUCUGUGUGACACAAGUGCCUCAAUGUCUGUCCGAUUCACUGGAUAUCCAAACAAUUGGCGAAAUUAUCAAAGACUCACUAAUUCUUAUGAGACAACAAUCGCAACGCAUUGUUAAGUCAGACGAUGAGAGUAGUUGUCCUAAACUCAUACCUAAGCUAAUGGAGAGAUUGCAGACCAAAGCCUGUCGCGGAGCCAUACGUUUUGGUGAUGCUCUCAGACUUCACGAUUGCAACAAAUUGAUUGACAAACUGUCCGAUUGUAAGAACUGUUUCCGAUGUGCUCACGGAAGACCAUCAGUCACACCGUUAGCUUAUAUACCAAAGUUAUCUUAA